CACCCGUGACACCAUCCGCCACUCCUCUUACUAAAGAAGGAAACAAACAUCCACCCAGAAAGAUCUGGAGAUCGCCACUGAAGCGAAGGGACCGACGAAGACGAGGAAGGGAGGACUUAACCCACCCGAAAGCAGUAUUUUCACAUACAACCGCGGCACAUUAGGACGGGAGAAGCGGGUCUUUGGCGAGGAGCCGAAAAAUAUAUAUAUUUUUUUACCCCCAACAGACGCCAGCUUAUUUAAAUCACCUAGCGAGAAACUCCAUCAUUAAUCACAGCAAUGGCCCAAGAGACAAACCAGAGUCCGGUGCCCAUGCUUUGCGCCACAGGCUGUGGUUUCUAUGGCAACCCCAGAACCAAUGGCAUGUGCUCUGUAUGCUACAAGGACCACCUGACACGGCAGCAGAACAGCGACCGGAUGAGCCCCCUCAGCCCCAUGGGUAUGUUCUGCUCAGCUAAUACCUCAGAGGCCUCUGCAAUCCAGAGACUAGAAGCCAGUCUCGCCAAGGUGGACGCCUCCCCUGCCUCCUCACCAGAAAUGUCUAGAAUUGUUCAAGGAUCUCUCCCUGUGACUCAACAAAUGACAGAGAUGAGCAUCUCGAGAAAGGACAAGUCGGAAUCUCUAGAACCUGUUGUAAACCAGCCAGCAGCCUCUAGCCUGGCUCCUGUAGCUUCUCCCAGCAAUGAUGAUAGCAAAGAAGACUCAUCCAAACCUAAGAAAACUAGGUGCUUCAUGUGCCGCAAAAGGGUGGGACUUACAGGAUUCGACUGUCGCUGUGGGAACAUCUUCUGUGGUAUCCACCGGUACUCUGACAAGCACAACUGCCCUUACGACUACAAGGCCGAGGCGGCCGCCAAGAUCCGUAAAGAGAACCCCGUGGUGGUGGCCGACAAGAUCCAGAGAAUAUAAAUCUGACAAGGCGGACAAAUGCAAGUGGCAGUGAUGAAGAUAACACCUUUUUGAAAAAAGACUGGGGUGUUUCACCUUUUGAAUUGAGCACUGGCAUGUGUGGGCCAAGUGAAGAUGGAUAGGACUUGAUUUACAAAAUUAAAACCUCAAGAAAACGCGACAAAAAAACAAAUCUGUCUGAGGGAGAUGCAUGAAUGAUCACUUCGAUUCCCCUUUUGAUUUAAUUAGUUUUAUCUCAUUUUAUGUGGUGUGUCUUUGCCGCCGUUAAAUAUUUUAGUUUUCUUCCUGAGAAUACAUAUUGUCUUAUAAAGAGCAGCACAGAGUUGACGUCCAAGCUAUGCUGCACUCUUCUAACCUUAACCAAGGCGCCAUUCUGUGCCAAACUCGACCCCCCCAUCAUGUGAGAAACCUGUCAAAAGAAUUGAGACCAUACUGGAGCAGCGUAUAAUAACUGUCCCCCAAAAUGUUGCACAAGGGGCUCUGUUACUUUGUCUCUGUCUUUCCUGGCUUUACCUACCUCACAGCUGCUCUGUUUGCCUCAUCAUCUUCCUUUUUUGUCCCCCUUUUUGUACUCAUCCACUGUGAUCCCCACCCAGCAGAGCAGCGGGUCACCUCUUCUCCGCCUCAGUGACCCCUCUGAUCAGCAUUCUUAUGUUGACUGAUUGGUUUGAUUGUGAUGAGGCUUGUUCUUUAUUUAUGGAGGUAUAGCGCAGGACAGGGACAUAGACAAGACUCCACAUUUUACUGAAUGCAAUCCCUUACAGCGGGUGAAAGUGCUCACAGAUGGAAGGAUGGAGGCCUCAGCUUAAUCUAGGCUGCAAAAUCGAAUGAAUGGGAUUAAUGCUUGGGUUUCUCUUCACAUAACUGAGGGUUUCCAGAAAAUUCUGUCUGUCUAGUUUCAGGCAUUUUACUAUUGCUCAAACAAUUUAAUUUUUCCUCCUUUCACGUCAAUGUUGGCGCAUGCAUUCAAUGCAUUGGUGGCGUUAGGGUAUAUGAACCAGGAUUUUUUUUCCACUCCCUUGGUUUUAUUCAUUUUAAGUGCACGAGCAGAAUGUUUGUGUGCACUGUAUGUGUUGUCUGAGGUGGUUUAUCAGCACAUGUUUACAGAACUACAGGAGCAUGCCAGAGCUAGAU